AUGUGUGAUCGCAGUCUCUACAGAUCUGGCUACGUUGGUUCUCUCUUGAAUUUGCAAUCGCCAGAUUCCUUUUAUUUUCCUAAUUUGCGGGCUAAUGGCAGUCAAUUGGCGGCUCUGCCCACCAUUUCCUACCCCCGGAGCUCGAUCCCCUGGACUUGCUCAAGUUCGUGCGCAGCCCAGCCGCAGAGCCACGCGUUCGGCGGCGCGGCGCAGCCUUACCUCCCCGGCUCCGUUCCAAUCAACAUCAGCUCCAACGGCAACAAGGAGUGCCUGGAAGACAACAAUAAAUAUUACGCCCACGAUACGAGCUCCAAACAAGAGGAGAGAUGCAGGCAGAGGCAAUCUUUUGCAAAUGACCCAACUGUUACUCACACAGCCAACUUAAAGCCCGUAAAGUAUGACCACUCGAGCCUGCAGAGAAGUUUGCAUGGCUCGGCUGCUCUUUUUGAAGUGAAUUCCUGCAAUUCAAGCUUAAAGGAGGACAUCAAGAAUCCCGUCAACUUGAACCUGACAGUUCAGCCCGCAGCAGUCCAGUCAUGCCUCAGACCUUCAGUGCAGGAUGGUUUGCCUUGGUGCCCCACCCAGGGGAGAUCAAGAAAGAAACGGAAACCAUACACAAAACAACAAAUUGCUGAAUUGGAAAACGAGUUUCUCCUCAAUGAGUUUAUUAACCGACAGAAGAGGAAAGAACUAUCAAACAGACUGAAUUUAAGCGAUCAGCAAGUUAAAAUUUGGUUUCAGAACCGGAGGAUGAAAAAGAAAAGAGUAGUUAUGCGAGAGCAGGCUCUUUCUAUGUACUAG